GCCGUUAGCACGCAAACAAAGCUUCAAAGCCUUAACAAAUGACUGUACUAACUUAACCAAACUUAUUUGUGUUAGAUAUUGUGCCCAUGCUAUUAGUGACCUAGUGAAGAUACGACUUGUGAUCAGUGAGAAGUGAUCUACUAUGAUGCUAUCAAGAGCGCUACUGCUAGCGCUGUGUUGCGCAUACGCAACGUCAUUGACUCCGCUGUCGGCAGCCGGCGAUGACAAUGACUGCGCUCUAUAUCUGAGCGGACCCGGCCGCACAUCCGCCUACGACUACAGCCUCAACCUACUCAAGGGCAACUUUGGUUAUGAAGGACAACACACGUGUAUCACCUACGAUGCAGUUAAUCAAGCAUAUUUGGAAGCUAGAAACAGAAUUGUGGUAGCUCAACCAAAAGGCGAUUGGAAAGCUGAGGACUUUGCAAGCGUCGGCGAACUGUUACUAGAUAUCUCUAUCAACUUAGCAAGAAUAUAUGGCUUGACUUAUGAGGAAAUCGAAAAGGGUCUGCCCCUGAUCGAUACAUCACGUACACUCAUCCGCGAAGUGUGCCCACCAAUAUUCUCCCAUGUUGAAUGUAGAGCUGGUAAAUAUAGAAGAUUCGAUGGACUGUGCACCAACCUUCAACAUCCAACUUGGGGUGCUACUAUGGCACCUUUCCAAAGAUUGAUCGGCCCACUUUUUUCUGACGGCAUCAAUGCUCCGCGCAUUUCGCACACUGGUCGUGACCUCCCGCUCUCCAGAGUGGUCUCGCGUACCAUGCACCCUGAUGAAGGUUUCCAUGACCAUGCUGGUACGGUGAUGGUCAUCGCCUGGGGACAGUUUAUGGAUCACGACUAUACACUCACGGGCACACCGCUUGAUCCAAUAAACCGUAAUGACCCCGAAGAAUGCUGCAAGCGGCCCCAGCAUUUGAAGCACCCGUACUGCAAUGAGAUCCGAGUACCUGACGAUGAUUAUUUCUACCGUCUCUUCGGCGUGAAAUGCAUUGACUUCGUACGAGGAUUCCCUUCGCCGCGUCCCGGAUGUAGAUUGGGAUCAAGAGUACCAUUCAACACAUUAACUGGAGUACUUGAUGGGAACACUGUAUAUGGUGUAACAGAGAAAUUCGCUAGAAAGUUACGUACAGGAUUCGGUGGACUUCUACGUAUGAAUCCAGUUUUCAAGGAUUAUGGUCUGAAAGACUUGUUGCCACUGAAAUUAGACAUUCCAGAUGAAGGAUGCACUCGACCAAACAAGAAUAUGUACUGCUUUGAAGCUGGUGAAAUCCGUGUGAAUGAACAGUUGGUACUGACUGUGAUGCAUACACUCAUGGCAAGAGAACAUAACCGUGUAGCCCGUGGUUUAGCGGAAGUGAACCCACACUGGGACGACGAGACUCUGUUCCAAGAAGCACGCCGUAUCAAUAUCGCUGAAAUACAACAUAUCACUUACAACGAAUUCUUGCCUAUUCUACUAGGAAAAGAUGUUAUGGAGAAAUUUGGUUUAGUGCUACAGAAAGAGGGUUAUUGGGACGGUUACGAUCCCGACGUGAACACCGAUGUGAUUGAUGCUUUUGCCGCCGCCGCAUACCGCUUCGGACACUCGCUGUUGCCCACAGCUGUUGAACGAUGGUCCAAAGCCCACAAAUUCAUUGCAUCAAAGAGAUUGUCAGAUCUUAUUCGACGACCGUACGACUUAUACAGAGCUGGUGUCCUCGACGAAUACGUAAUGGGUUUGAUGAACCAAGUAGCUCAAGCUAUGGAUGACUCCAUCACACAAGAAGUUACAAACCACCUGUUUAAGAAAGUAGGCGCCCGAUUUGGCAUGGACUUAGUCUCGUUCAAUAUGCAAAGAGGUCGAGAAUUCGGUCUACCUGGUUACAUGGAGUUCAGAAAGUUCUGCGGUUUAUCUGGGGCUGAUAGCUUCCAGGAUCUCUUUGGCACUAUGUCGAAUGAUACUGUACAGAAAUACCAGACAAUAUUUGAACACCCAAUUGAUGUAGAUCUCUGGUCCGGUGGUGUGUCUGAGAGACCUUUACCAGGUUCCAUGUUGGGACCCACGUUUGCUUGCGUUAUAGCCACACAAUUCUCUUACUCCAGACGAGGUGACAGAUUUUGGUAUGAAUUGCCAAACCAACCUUCAUCGUUCACACCAGAACAACUAGUAGAAGUAAAGAAGGCUCGUCUUGCUCGCGUCAUUUGUGAUAACACAGAUAUCAUUGAUACUGUCCAGCUUUAUCCCAUGGUUUUGCCUGACCAUGAACUAAAUCCUCGUGUACCCUGUAGAAGUGGUAUAAUUCCCUCAAUAGACUUCACAAAAUGGGCGGAACCCGCGCCAUUCCAUGGUGCCGCGAAGCAAUUCGUGAGUAGCUUCACAUACGAUCCAUAUACAGGAAAAAAGUAGUCACUAGCACUUAGACUGUAGUGAUCAGAAUAAAAUGCACCUAUAUUAGGUAUCGGGAGGUUACUAUGUAAAUAUUACGGUACAGAGGCGUCAGUAGUGAAUUAAGGGUAACAAUCGUUAUACAGGUACAAAAAAUCCUUAUUUGGUAUCUAAUCUUGUGAUACAUGUAACUUUUUAUUUUAAAUGAUAUAUGUAGUUAUGUAUAAGAUAUAUUCUAGCUUAUGAUAAAUCUGGUUACCCCUGAUACACUACUAUAUGUAGACUAGACAUCAAGUCAAAAUUUUGUCAAUCCGCUAAGUAUAUACCUUCAAGUCAAAC